AUUAAAAUUAUAGACUGAUCAUUUCUUUGUCAGUGGGCAAACGUACAAAAUCAGCAGGGAUCAAAUACUUUUUUCCCUCACUGUAUUGGGUAAAUUAUGUGUGUGGUAAUUGAGUCAGGCCACGUGGGACUGAUCAUAGUGCUUGGCUCACAAUCUUCAGGUAAAAGCCUUCCUGGGGAAGGGCAGAGUCAGCCUUUCAUGAAAAUCACUUUAAUACUGGUGAUAAGUUGAUGGAAGGACUGUCUUCUGUAAUAGGUAUGUGGAAUUUACACCACUGGCUGACGGCAGCUAGUCUAGAGGAGCACCGGCCUAUUGCUCCUUUGAGUACGGGGCUUGUUGGUGACCCUGUGUCAUUGGUGGAAACUCUAUAUUCCUAUGGCAGUGCCAGCAUUGGAAGACCACUGGUAAUUUUCUACAUUAUGGAACCAGUUUUAUCACCCCUGCAAUGAAACAUGAAAUUGGAAUGAGGCAAUCCCUGAUGGAUUUGAACUUGCACCCUUCCAACUAUGAUUUUUUAAGUGUAGUGAGUUGAUGAGUAACAACUCAGUCUCCAAUUAUUUCACAACAUCAUUUCAUACGGUUUGUUACUCAAUUUAAUAUUUCAGUUCUGGGGACUGAAAGUCUUAGUUUACUGUGAUGAGCACUGUAGACCAUGUGGAAAUGUGCACCGCCUUUUUUACCACUGAGUUAUUAGCCCUAUUUUAGAGGCGACCUGGCCACACAUAAUAGCUCAGCGAAGUGGCUUAUCAUCAUAUGUGGGAGUUCAUAGUCGCCAAAUAAUCUAAAAACACAUUUACACAUUUUGAGGGCAAAGCCGGAGGACCCGGAGAGAAAUCCACACGACCACGGGGAGAACUUAAAAACUCCAAAUAUAUAAGUAUCAGGGUCAGGAUAUACCUCAAGAACACCUGCAUACCAGGAAGAUAACGUUUCGCCACGUAGUGUGGAUCAAAGGCUACUGAAAGGAUGUCAGAAGUAGUUCUGUGACAUCAUCUCUUAUGGCCAUUCUCUUGACACGUGAUGUGACAGUGCUCACUGUGAAAGUUUAAGACAGAAAUGUAUUCAUCUCAUGACAUUGCUCGAAUAGCACAAUUGAAUAUUAUUGGUAGACUUACGCAAGUAUAAAAAACACCUUGAAUAUAUUUGAAAGUAUUGUACUGUUAAGAAAAUGGUUGUUUGUUGGCAGGGCAAGUUGAAGAGGAUCCAGUUCAGGCUUGGCAUGAAAUUAAAACUGAACAUGAAGAUUCAGAUGAAGGAAUCACUCAAGUGUCGGAGCAGCGCGGGGUGAGACCCGGUCUCUCCAGAUCUGAGAUGGAUGCGCUGACAGCCGGAAUUCCUGCCCAUAAACAGUUCGCUUCUGAGAAUGCAGGAGGAGGGAUCUCGGAGCUGAGCAUCCAGGACAUGGCAGCCCUGCACGUGCAAAACUCUCACCUCCCAUACGACGAUGACAACGAGGAUGACGUGGCCACAGCCAUAAUGCAGCAGCAGCAACAGCACGGCUCCCAACCCCGGGCGAAGAUACCGAUGCGAGAGAAGGUCCGGCCCCACAAGUGCCCGCACUGCGACAGCCGCUUCUUCAAGACGGACGACCUGAAGCGGCACCUGCGCACGCACACGGGCGAGCGGCCGUACUGCUGCGAGGUGUGCGGGCGCGCGUUCUCGCAGCACUGCAACCUGAAGAAGCACUGGAUCACGCACACGGGCGAGCGUCCCUUCCGCUGCGACGUGUGCGGGCGCGCCUUCGCACACUACUCCAACAUGAAGGCGCACUGGCGCACGCACACCGGAGAGAAGCCCUACACCUGCGAAGUGUGCGGCCACACCUUCUCGCAUUUCGGCAACAUGAAGAUGCACCAGCGCAUGCACCACGGAGAGCAGACAGGAGAUUUGGCCAAUGUGGGGAAGGGAGAUUGGGUUUCAGGAUCGGUGUUGUCCUGAGAUUUUGACCACCGUAAAAGGUUUACGAUCGGUGUCUUGAGAACCAUGUUCAGAAGGCUGGUUUUCAAAAUUGGCUCCAGGAUAUGCUGUAAUAGUAUUGGUGUUUUUAGACUAUUUUGAGAAAAAUAGACCACUUUUUAGAAUCUGCAACUUGCACCUUAGUUCCAGGGGAAGUGGUUUCAGGAUCAUGUGUUAUGAGACUUGGCUCUAGAACUCAGUUUCUGGGUUCAUGUUUGGAGACAUGUCUUCAGGAGACCUGGUUUUAAUAAUGGUUUCUCAAAUACGACUUGGUUCAUGUAACCAGGUUUAAUAAUCAGUGUUUUGCCAUGUUCAGGGGAGUAGGGUUUGAUUUUUGCUUCGAGACAUUAUUUGGCACUCUAUAAUGUGCGCUUAUUUCUCAUCAAUAGUAACUAUAGCUGUACCCAGGUCACUCUUGCAAAUGAGACUAUCCUUAUCUCUUAUAUUCUCAUCUGGCUAAUGGAAAUAAAGUAUACACUUGAAACUGUAGCUUCCCAACCCAGUUGCUUAAUUACAAAUACACUAUUAGGUCCACUGAGGACAAGUCCUAGAGUUAAGUCCCUACCCUUCUCUCGCCUAAACACUUCAGUCCCUGAAGCUCACCGAGUUCUAACAGAAUUCUUGAGAUGACUGGCUCUGAAAAAUAAUAUAAGGUGAAUCUGACUACAUUAUAAUACAAUCACCAUCAUCAUCAUCAUCACAUUGGUGAGCGCUCAGGCCAUGAAUAGCUUGUGAGCUGACAAGUGCUUAAAGAUAAAAGGGCAUAAUGAAGUUACUAUGCUGUUCAUAUCGUGAUUUGGCUGAUUGGCAUCUUGGCAGUGCAAUAUAGUUCGUAUCUCCGCGUUAAACUCGACCCAUCACUCAGGGAUCAAUACAAAAAUGACUACCACUGUGGGAAGUCACUAGUGGUUGUACCAAGGGAUAACUGGACCUUGUAAUAGAAAUGGGGAAUAUCCACCACUGGCUAAGAGACCCAAAACGGUGAUGUGCACACUCCAGUUCUUGAGUAUGGGUACACACUUUGUUUUGAAUAUCUUUCAUGAGAAAAUAGUGAUAUAUAUUUUUUGGGGUACAUUAAAAAUAGGAUUCAUGGAUGAUGAGGGUUUUGUGUGUAAGAGGAUCAUAUAUAGGAAGGGUUUUCCCUUCGUUUAUUAUACAGUGCUAGUAUCACUUUAUAUCAACUUUACUGUUACAAUUCUAGAUUUAAAGCUUUCGUGACAGCAAGGAUCCAUACUCUUUGGUUCUAUUGGGUAAAGUCACGUAGGUAAAAAAUAAAAUAACAAAAAUCA